CAGCCUGGGGUGGGCCUGCGGAUAGCAGUCGUCGCCGCCAGCGCCCCCGCCACUGGCCGUCACCAUGAACCCGGACCUGCGCAGGGAGCGGGCCGCCGCCAGCUUCGACCCGGAGCUGCUCACGAACAUACUGGACGGCAGCGCCGAAAACACCCGGCGCCGGCGCGAGAUCGAGAACUUGAUUCUGAACGACCCCGACUUCCAGCACGAGGACCCGAACUUCCUCACUCGCAGCCAGCGGUACGAGGUGGCGGUCAGGAAGAGCGCCAUCAUGGUGCAGAAGAUGCGGGAGUUUGCCAUCGCAGACCCUGAAGAAAUCAUGUGGUUUAAAAAACUACAUUUGGGCAGUUUUGUGGAACCUGUGGGCCUCAAUUACUCCAUGUUUAUUCCCACCUUGCUGAAUCAGGGCACCACUGCUCAGCAAGAGAAAUGGCUGCCUUCAUCCAAAGGACUCCAGAUAAUUGGCACCUACGCCCAGACGGAAAUGGGCCACGGGACUCAUCUUCGAGGCUUGGAAACCACAGCCACUUACGAUCCCGAAACCCAGGAGUUUAUUCUCAACAGUCCUACUGUAACCUCAAUUAAGUGGUGGCCUGGCGGACUUGGAAAGACUUCAAAUCAUGCGAUAGUUCUUGCCCAGCUCUUCACUCAAGGCAAAUGCUAUGGGUUACAUGCCUUCAUUGUACCUAUUCGUGAAAUCGGGACCCAUAAGCCUUUGCCAGGUAUUACCGUUGGAGACAUCGGUCCCAAAUUUGGCUAUGAUGAAAUAGAUAAUGGCUACCUGAAGAUGGACAACUACCGUAUUCCCAGAGAAAACAUGCUGAUGAAGCACGCCCAGGUGAAGCCCGAUGGCACGUAUGUGAAGCCCCUGAGUAACAAGCUGACCUAUGGGACCAUGGUGUUUGUCAGGUCCUUCCUCGUGGGCGAGGCCGCACGGUGUCUGUCUAAGGCAUGCACCAUUGCCAUCCGGUACAGCGCUGUGCGGCACCAGUCUGAGAUCAAGCCAGAUGAGCCAGAGCCACAGAUCUUGGAUUUUCAGACCCAGCAGUAUAAACUCUUUCCGCUCCUGGCCAAUGCCUAUGCCUUCCAGUUUGUAGGCGCAUACAUGAGGGAGACCUAUCAUCGGAUCAAUGGAGACAUUGACCAAGGUGACCUGCGUGAACUGCCUGAGCUUCAUGCCCUCACCGCCGGGCUUAAGGCUUUCACUUCCUGGACUGCUAAUGCUGGUAUCGAAGAGUGCCGGAUGGCUUGUGGAGGGCACGGCUAUUCUCAUUGCAGUGGCCUUCCUAACAUUUAUGUUAAUUUCACCCCGACCUGCACCUUUGAGGGUGAAAACACGGUCAUGAUGCUCCAGACAGCAAGGUUCCUGAUGAAAAGUUAUGACCAGGUGCACUCAGGGAAGUUGGUAUAUGGCACAGUGUCCUACUUGAAUGACCUGCCCAGUCAGCGCAUCCAGCCACAACAGGUAGCCGUCUGGCCCACCGUGGUGGAUAUCAACAACCCCGACAGCCUAACUGAGGCAUACAAACUGCGUGCAGCCAGAUUAGUAGAAAUUGCUGCAAAAAAUCUUCAAGCCGAAGUGAUUCACAGAAAAAGCAAGGAGGUAGCAUGGAACCUCACUUCCGUUGACCUCGUACGAGCAAGUGAGGCACAUUGCCACUAUGUGAUUGUUAAGCUCUUUUCAGAAAAACUCCACAAAAUUCAAGAUAAAUCCAUCCACGCUGUCUUAAGGAGUUUGUGUCUCUUGUAUUCUCUGUAUGGAAUCAAUCAGAAGUCCGGGGACUUUCUUCAGGGGAACAUCAUGACAGAGUCUCAAAUUAGCCAAGUAAAUCAGCGGAUAAAGGAGCUGCUGACUACAAUCCGCCCUGAUGCUGUCGCCCUGGUUGACGCUUUUGAUUUUCAGGAUGUGACGCUUGGCUCUGUGCUUGGCCGCUAUGAUGGGAAUGUCUACGAGAACUUGUUUGAGUGGGCCAAGAAAUCCCCGCUGAACAAAACAGAGGUCCAUGAAUCUUACUACAAGCACCUGAAGCCGCUGCAGUCCAAGCUCUAAGUCUGGAAUGCUGUGAUAAUGAGUUUGAUCUGCUCCAGGAGGCGUCCUUCAUACCUGACACACACACAUCUGGCGUGGGAUCUUCAUGGAAUUCAAACAGCUAUAGAGAAAAUGAUAAAUUGACCCCUUUCCUUUUUUAAUGAAUGAACGAAAAAAAAAAAGACAUUUACAAAUUUCAGAGAUUCGAUGAAAAAUGGAUGUGUUUUAAGUGCAAUUACCACUGGAAGAGACCCAUGAAGCAUUCAGACAAAGCUUUGAGAAAUGCAGUGUGGCUUCCUUCUGUAAUGCUGCUGAUCUCAGUAGAUAAUUAGUAGAAUGUAACUACUAAGUAGUUAAUUUUCAGUUUUUAAUCACUAAUCACGGGAUAUAUAAAUGUUUUAAAGCAAAAGUAUUUUUCAAAUGGUAUAGAACCUUCCAGGCUUUCCUGCUACUGUCGCACCACACCUACCAUGGGGCCUGGCCUGAAAGCAGGGCUGAGGAAAUGGGACUGGGGGAAAGUUAACUAAUCAGGAAGCUUGAUGUUGUGAAUUUGUGCUUGGCAAGUUUUCUGCGUGCUCGCCUUCCUUUGCCCGUGUAUUGCUCCCAUCUGACUAUGCAUAAUAGCAUUUUUUCCAACACAAGAACUUCUUCAGCACAGGUCUGCUGCAGGACUAUUGUCUCUCGUAAUUAGGAAUUGGCCUCCUGUUCGAAGGAUCCCUAAAUUGUCACUUCAGUAGCACAACUUCCUUUGUCCCUAUCUUCUUUAAAAGGAGGAGGUAGCAAAGUCAUCCCUACAUGUGACUUUUGCAACCGAGGGAACUCAAUGGUACUGAGAUCUCGCUGUCUUUCCCUCCUUCCCUACCUCCUCAUUUCUCCCUCCCUCCUGCUUUCCCUCUUGAAAGAGAUACUAAAGAGGGGUUGGGGGCGGUUGUCCCGGAAUCACAGUUCCUCUUUAAUAGAAUAAGUGUAGGAAGAGCUGUCACCUAAGGCACUGCUGUUACUUUGGUGACCUUAAUUACUUGGGUUUUCUGGGACAAUCCAGAUUCCAAAUACUCUGUCAUUUUGACAUAAGCUAUUAAAAUGCCUGAAGGCUACAGUAUUGGGCAUUAAAAAAGCAUUGCACCUCUUACACCCAGAAGUAGCAUAGCAAUCCUUCCCAAACCAUAUGUUCUGGUUUUUGGUUUAGAAAAUAUAAUCAUUUAAACUCCGGCUGAAGGGUAUAUGGAGGUGCCAUAGAGUCUGGUUCUUACUGUAUGUCUGCCUUUGUUUUCUGUGUGUUUCUAGGAGCUUUAUCUGAAUUGCUAAAGGUCCUUUUGGUCGAAAUGUAAUUGACACAAUCAUUCUAUAAAGGUUAAACAUGUACCUCUUAAUGAAUUUUUUCCCUUAAAAUCAAUGUAAAGCAACACAAGUCAUUUGAUUUGUCUUAACCUGUUAAACUGUAUCUUUGACAUCUGCCUCUUAAAACCGGUUGUUCUAGAAUCAAUCUUGACAAUACAGUGUAAUUCAGUAGCAGUGUAAUUUCUUGACUGCCACAUCACGCCAUUAUCCCGGGACCUGAUGUAAAAUCCAUUCCAGUGCAGCUGGUCACAUGAAACCUUUCAGUUACAGCAGAAAUACUGUGUGUUAACACAAGCCUUGAUCUUUCCAUCGGGAGAAUUAAUUGAUAAUUUCACGUUAAGAUUGAAGUAGAAAGCACUCUGUCUUAAUCUCAUUUGGGCAUUGCUUGACAGUAAUUUAGAUUCUGGGAAAUAACUGAAAGUAAGUUUAAAUUGUUUACUAUUGACUUAUUAAAUGUAGAAUUAUUUCAAAAUUAGUGGUUAAAUACCUUGUUCACAGGUGGAUAUCUGUGGGCAGGAUCCGAAGGUGCUUGAAACGACACUGUCUCAUCCAGCAGCAUACAUCCAAGAUCUUAGCACGUCUGAAGAAACUGUAGACAUGACAGCCACCUUCAGUCCAACCAACACCUUGGGUUUUACUUAAAAACUAAUCUGACAUUUAACGCUGUUUUCAUUAAGAAUGGAAUGUUUUGUCUUGAACUGUCCUCAGUGUAAUCAACGAAUAAAGAUGCAGUAAAAUCUCA